AUGCAGGACGGCAUGAGCCGUAUUAAAAAGUACAAUUAUAAUGAUCGCUUCACCAUUAUUGAUGCAAAAAAAAUUGUUGAGAAAACGACGUGUCCGGCGCACAUUCCGCAACAAGGCCACACACACACAGGUCGCACACAAACGAAACGGGAUGUCCACGAAAAGCCCGUCAUGAACUUGCGCCAUGCCAUGAUAACUGGUCGGUCGAUGAGAAUAGCGGAGGUUAAACGGUGCUUUGCAACCGCCCGUCUGUCCGUCCGUCGGUCUGUAUUUCUGUCAAUGCGUCCUUUCAGCUGGGCUAUUACGCAUGGAAAGGAAAGGGUACUACCAAUUUAG